ACCACAAAAAGAAGAUUCAUAAUAUCUUAUCAUCCUCAUCUCUUUCUCCUACAAACGUCACAAACCCUAAUUCUCUCUCUAUCCAUGGACCCUCUAUCAAGCUCUGUUUCUUCACGCCUCAAGCCCACGAACUUCAACUCAACACCUCGCCAAUUGCACCCCUUAAAACCACUCAACAGACCGCGUCACCUCCCUCCACCGUCACCCCAACGUCCCCUGCUCUUCUCCACCACCAAACCAACCACCAUCUCCACCUCUUUCACCCACAAAAACCUCACCGCUCUUCCUAUCUUCCCCCACCCCACCUCACUUCUCCCUUCAUCAUCCCUUCAUGUCCAUCGAACCCCUGCCACCGGCUACGCCGCAGCUCUAUUAGACACAACUCAAUCCACCGGUUCACUUCACGAAGUCCGACGAGACGUACGAAAGCUCUCGAGACUACUCCAAAACAGUCAAAUUCAAGCUUUGUUGAAUGACCCGUUUUUGGGUGAUCAAGAGAAGGGAAAAGCAAUGAAGGAAUUGGCUAAAAAAGGGAAGUUUAACAAGCAUCUUUUUAACUUGUUAAAGGUGAUGGUUGAGAAGAACAAGUUGGGGAUUGUAAGUGAAGUGUUGGAAGAGUUCGAGAGGGUUUACGAUGAGUUGAUUGGAACUAAACAGGUUUGGGUUUCGUCGGAGAAGAUGAUUGGGGAAGACAUGUUGUUUAAAAUUGCUAUGAAGGUUCAAAAUCUUAGUGGUGCUGUUAAAGUUAAGGUCAAGAACUUGGUUAUUGAUAAGCUACCCAAAAUACCAGACUCUGGCUUGCUCUAUACUUAAUAUGCAAUGAUUGUAUCAACAUAAAAAGUCAGUAUGAAGGAGAUGAGCCCAAGGCUUAUCCCACAGGCCACAACACUUCCCAAAACCUUGCAGCUAAAGGAGGGGAGAGAGAAUCAAGGUCUAGAGAAGCAACCCUUGCAGCUAGCCUGAGAAAUAGUGCGUCCACAAAAACUUGUUGGAGUCAUAACGACACCUAGAAGAUCUCCAAACAGUAGAGGAGCAAAGGCUGAGUCACAACUUUGACAGACCAACUACGAAAGCCACCAGGCAAGGCCUAGUGCAAUUACACCAGUCGCCAUCGAACACCAUCACGGGCAGAACUCCAAAGACAACACCGACGUCCCAACAAUAAAAGCAGGGUCUUUGAAAAACGAAGGGAAAAGAGAAGAAAAGAAAAACCUUGAGGUAGCUCGACAAAAGAAAAGAAAUACCAUCUUGUGCUUGUUACUCGAUUUUCUUUAUUACAUUUGAUACAUUACUUAUCAAAUUAAAGUUUGUGAAAUUAUGAUUUUAGUUAAA